ACCAAAAAGCCCCAGCCCUUAUCAGACCGAUCACCCGAUCGGGCCAUCCGGACUGAUGUCAACACUAUUUUUCAGUUCUCCAUAAUAACCAGCAGGAAUCAAUGAGAAUCCAGUAUUGACAGUAGAGGACUGUCGCUGCGUUGCCGCCAAUUGUUUCGUUGCCUGCCCGGAUACGUAUAGAUUGCCCGCUUCUUAAAUAAUUCACCGUCGCUUCACCGUACUCCGUAACCGCUUUUCCCUUUCCGGACUGCUAUCCUCCGUUUCAUCUCUUCUUUUUAUACCCCAGAUCCCGUAAAACCUCCCCGUACACUACUUACACCAGCGUCAUUCAUCGCAACUCGAUCUUCUCAUAAUGUGUCCCCCCGCGAUCAUAGCUCCCUCCAUCCUCAGCGCCGAUUUCGCUACCCUCGGCCAGGAAUGCUCGACCAAGAUGGAAGAGGGGUCUGACUGGCUCCACGUUGAUAUCAUGGAUGGUCACUUCGUUCCCAACAUCACCUUCGGAGCUCCCGUUGUCACCAAGAUCCGUUCGCAUGUUAGCCGGCCGACAGAGCCCCAAGGCCGGGGCACCUUUGACUGCCACAUGAUGAUCGCGGAGCCACAUAAAUGGGUUAGGGAAUUCAAGAAGGCCGGUUGCGAUCUUUACUGCUUCCACUACGAGGCCGCCGUCAACUCCCCCGCCGGCACUGAGCCCGCAGACACCACCACCCGCCCCACGAGCCCCCGCGAACUGAUCCGGUUCAUCCACGAUGAAGGCAUGCAGGCCGGUAUUGCCAUUAAGCCCGAUACUCCCGUCGAUGUGCUGUGGGAUAUUCUGGCCGCUGAGGAUGAGAAGGAUCGCCCGGAUAUGGCCCUGAUUAUGACGGUCUACCCUGGUUUCGGAGGCCAGAAGUUCAUGGCGUCAGAACUGCCCAAGGUCAAGGCCCUGCGCGAACGCUACCCCAACCUCAACAUCGAAGUCGACGGCGGACUUGGUCUCGGGACCAUCGACCAGGCCGCGGAAGCGGGCGCCAAUGUCAUUGUCGCUGGUUCGGCCGUUUUUGGUGCUGAAAACCCAGGCGAUGUUAUUGCCAAGUUGCGCGAGACCGUCAACAAGCACAGCAAGGCGUCGCUUUAAUUGCAUUAGUCUAUCUUCUGUCUUUUCAUGAUCUAAAAGCUACGCGAAGAAUCCAGAGUCCGGUUUCAGACCAUUCUCGGGAUACAAUGAUAUACGGAUUUACGAUGAUUUUGAUGUCUUUAUUUGAACAGCCAUUCCUGAUAGAAUAGAAAACUGGCUAUCCUAAUCCAUGCUCGGAUCGUGGUGUUAUGAUGUCAUCGCCUUAUUCCUGCUCGCUCACAUGACCUGUAGAUCCCAAAAUGGAAAGCAUUCAGAC